ACGGAUUACGUAAGAUUAAUCAGGUUAUCAAAACAACAUGGCCGCCACGAUCUUGAUGAAGUAAAAAUAGUUCAUGUUCUCUUAAUUUCUAUCGACAGCCAAUUGUUGAUAAAGGCUACUUAUCCAAGCAUUAAAAUUUGAUGGCCAAAAACAAUGCAGCAAAGAUAGGUGUGUUUGUUGAGUGCUUAUCUUUGAUGAUAGAGACCUAUAGCUACACACAUACAUAUAUGUCUGACUCAAACAAUGGCCUCGCUAGACGACCGACAAACUGAAGACUUCUCUUUGAUAGAUGCCAUCAACGCCAAAUACAGUGAGGAGGAUAAUGGCACUCACAUCAAAGUCUACAUCUCUACAAACGCUCCAGGCAAGAAACGGAGCGGAAGUCUUGUGGUCCCGCCAAUUCUAGUUUUGGAUAAUUAUAAGGUGACGUGUGCAGGGCCAAGAGACGCCAUCGCAUCGCUGUGUUGUCAUGUCACGGAACUUGAUCUCACCAACAACUUGUUCACGUGCUGGAGGGAGGUGCUAUCUAUGAUCGCACAUAUACCACGAUUACAGACACUGAACCUAACGUCCAACACUCUCACAGCCGACUCCCUGAUGGGACCCCACGUGAACGACCAGACAUUUUCUAAUGUUACUCUUCUCAUUCUGAACAACACGAAGACUACUUGGUCAUCACUGAGUACGUUACUGAGGAUAUUCCCCAGUGUGACUGAACUCCACCUCAGCCUCAACGGCUACACAUCUGUAGAUGUUGACGACCUUGAACCCUACCCCAGCCUCAAAAAACUUUUCAUAAACAAACAUUCCAUCUCCAAAUGGUCAGAGGUUUCCAGAUUGGGAUCUGUUUUCCGUCACUUAGAAGCUCUUGUCACAAUCGAGUCUGAUCUAUCGGAUAUGAUAUCGGAUUGUCCUGAGGCAUCGUUGAGUUUUCCUUGUCUCAGUUGCCUUCAUAUCAGUUCUACUAAAUUACUGAACUGGGGACAUACAGAAGAACUUCGAAAAAUGCCAAAGCUUUGUGACAUACGGAUGAAAAAUAUUCCAUUUCUUGAGGAGUUUAACGAGAAAGUGAGACGCCAAAUGAUCAUCGCUCGGCUGCCAAAUAUUACUCGCCUUAAUGGCAGUCCAAUACUCGACACAGAGCGAGAAGAUGCGGAACGGGCCUUCAUACGGUUUUACAUGGACAGAGAAGAUCAACCUGCAAGGUAUCAUGAACUUGAAAAAACAUACGGGAAACUUGAUCCACUAGUUGUACUUGACCUUUCUCCAAGAAAGACAUGCAGGGUCACAAUAAAAGUGGGCGACGAUGGAAAGGCUGAAGAGAUGGACAUAAGUGUUACACAAACAGUGCGAGAAUUAAAAAAAAUACUACAGAGUUUUGCUGGCCUGCCGUCCCACAAAUUCCGCCUGAUUUGCUAUAAAGUAGUGGACGGGCAACUAUCUGCAGUUCCCACAGAGUUGAAGUACCCUGACAAAUGUGUACAUACUUACUACGUACAUGAUGAUGAUUGUAUUGUGAUUAUUCCAAAAAUGUUUUAACAUUGGCUAUAAGGUUGUUCAGGUAAUGUAUGCCAAAAACAUGGUGAUAUUUGUAAGCAUAUAGUAUUGAAUUUGAUGUAAUGCAACAAAAAUAUAUUUAACUUGUAACGUUUUGUUGACUUUAGCAAUUUAAGAACCAAGAUAAUUUCAGGGGAUAAUGCAAAUGUUCACAGAUUGUAAAUGAAUCAUUUUUCGGACAUUCAUUUUUACAUGAAUUUGCAGGGCAGCUUAUUAAUUUAGACUGAAUAUAUCUAGAAUAUUUUUGCCAGGGAUAAUUAUUAUCAAUAUUGAAAAAGCAUUCUUUUAAUUGUGAAUUUAAAAAUUUCUAAAUAUAUAGGUAGAGUUAGCAAAAUAAAAUACACACAAAAAAUAAUGUGUUGUCAUAGAUAUCAAUGUUACGAGUUAAAUAUAUUUUGGGUAUGUUACAUGAACAUCCAUACUAUAUCUGAUAUCCAUUAAUUUGAAGAACAUGUACAUAUUCCAAAAUAAACUAGUCAUUUUUACAAAACCACUUAUCAUUUGUGCUUGUAUCAAAUGAUAACCAUAUAAAUUGGUGAAUAUUUUAUAUUUCCAAUAUGAACUUUCAUAAUAUGAUCUAUUGUGGCAACAUAGAUUAUAUGCAAUGAAAUGGCCAAACAGAUUUUUAGAUUAAUAUAUAUGAUAUUUGAAGAUUUUAGCUAUAGAUUAUGACAUCACAAUGAUGACAUUCAAUAGAAAUUCAGGAUAGCAGAAUUCUAGACUUUAUGAUGGAACAAUCUGGUUGACUUAUUUCUAAACAUUUUCAUCAGGUUGGUAAGCUUGCAUAAUAGAAAGGUUAAUGUAUCACAACCAGUAAGUGUUUACGUGUGACGUGUCGGUGACUAGUACGAUACGUACCCUGUCACCUUCAUCAGACAAAUCAACUUACUGUUGUGAUACAUAACAUUUCUGCUAAUCUGGGAAAGCAUUUUUUACGAAAUAUUUUUUCAUUUUAGCUCUAGUAAUAUGAUAAGUACACUGUGUAUUACUUAUAAGAUACAUUAAGUACUUUUUAGCAAAUUGUUAAUUUUCCUCAAGAAGAAAUCUGUGGAAAUGUUGGAAAGCAAAAACAGAAAGCCUUUAAUUAUAUAAAACUUAAUACUUUGUACACUGUUCACUACAAGUAUUAUAGAUCAUUAGUAUGUUUACAUACAUGUAUGAAAGUUGAAAAAAUGCUGGAUUGAAUUUGUGGUUUCAGUAGUGUUAUGAUUACUUUGUUGGAAGUACGCUAUUGCUGUCAUAUUGAAAUCACAUACAAUAUCAUACCCAGUAUAUUUAUUCAGACCUCGAGUAUUCAGACAUCCUGUCCUAUCUGACACCUGAGUAUUCUGACAUUGUCGAGAUGAGAUAAACUGUUUUGACACUCUGUCUUAUCUGACACCUUAGUAUUCUGACAUUCUGUGUAGCCGAGACCAAAUGUGUAUCUGUCUAUCCUGAUGACUGAAUAUUCAAACCCAACAACAUGUCUUAUCUUAUUUAAACUAACAAAUAUGCAUUAAAUUAAUUAUGACAGCUUGCGUAAUCUAUAGCAUGUUAGAUUAGACAAACUUCUCAGUAGAUCCUGCAGGGUGUCAAAUUAUCAAGGCUACACUGCAAAAUCUCAAAAUUAAUACAACUUCAAGAAAUAUCUUGUAUACUGAAACACCAACUGUGAUUUAAUUACUGUGAUUUACUUAAAUAAAUGUCCAUAUGAAACU